AUGGCCGACAGCGAUACUAGUAAGGAUGAAAACAACAACCCCGAAGUUGAGAUUGUGCCAGCCCCUGCAGCUUUUAAAUCAGAUGUCUGGAAACAUUUUGGUUUCGCCGUGUCAAAAAACGCAAAAGGAGAGAAGGUGGUGGACAGACAAUGGACUAUGUGCAAGCACUGUCACAGUAAACUGCGAUACAACACGGGAAACACAAGCAACAUGCGAAGUCAUCUGACGACCCAUCAUCCCGAAAAGUUUGCAGAUUCUCUCACAAAUCAAGUCCUGUCCGGUCAAAAAACCCUGAAGGAGGCAUUUUCAACAACUAUGCCACACAACAGCGCAAGGGCUCAAGAAAUCACGAGGUACAUCGCGGAAUACAUAGCGUGUGAUUUACGUCCCUUUUCUGCAGUAGAUGGCAAAGGAUUUAAAAGGUUAGUGGCCAAGCUUGAGCCGAAGUAUCACAUGCCGUCGCGGGCUCAUUUUAGUCAGACUGUGUUCCCCGCUCUUUACCGUGAGACAAAAGAACGUGUGAUGUUGAACCUUAAACAGUCUGAGUGCAUUGCUAUUACCACUGAUGGGUGGACUUCCAGAGCGACUCACAGUUACAUCACUAUUACGGCACAUGUUUUGACGAGUGAAUGGGAAAUGCAGAGUUACGUUUUACAAACUAGACAGCUUAGCGAAUCACACACUGGCGUAAACAUAGCAGAAGUCCUUAAAUCUGCAGUCAAAGAGUGGGGGCUGGACAAGAUUGGAACAAGGAUCGCUGUUGUUACUGACAACGCAAGCAACAUGCGAGUAGCAGUAAAGGAAGCCGAACUGUCCCCUCACAUACGGUGCUUUGCGCACAGACUAAACCUGGCAGGUUUAAAGGUCAACGCAGUGAGCCGCCUCCUCGGUAGAGUCAGACGUGUAGCAAGUUUUUUUCACCGCAGUUCUACAGCCACAGCCGUGCUGACCACCAAACAAAAACUACUCAAUCUCCCUGUACAUAAACUCAUUAUUGAUGUAGUGACAAGAUGGAAUAGCUCUCUGGACAUGGUGGAGCGCUACCUUGAACAACAACAAGCUGUUGCUGCAGCCCUACUGAGUGAUGAACUGAGACACAAGUCACGUGAAAUUGACACUUUGGACACAUCUGACAUUGCAAAUGCAGAGGAUCUUGUGAAGAUUCUUUUACCAAUAAAAAAGGCCACAACUGUUCUCUGUGAUGAGUCGCAACCAACAAUAUCUCUCAUUUCACCACUAAAACAAAUGAUUCAAGACAGCAUGGCCACAGAUAAUCACGGGUCAAAUGCCAUUGCUCAGAUGAAGGCAGCCAUUCUGAAGGAUCUUACUGACCGAUACCAAGGAGAGGAUGAAAAGUUCAUGCAGGAGAGCAGUGCUUUGGAUCCACGCUUUCGGACCUUGCAACAUCUAGGCAGUGGAGAGAGAGAGGACGUCUUUGAAAGAAUAAAGUUCAAAGCAUCACAGAUGCAACAACAGGUAAAAAAUGUUAACGCUGUGCCAUAG